ACCGAGAAAAGUGUUAAACAUUUCUCACAGUGAUGGCGUUAGUCGGUGCUCUAUGUAGACGCUGCAUGACCCUCGUGGGACCUGGCGGUAUCAGAACCCUCUCCUCUGAGACCGUGCAAUCCAGAUCGGAACACGAGAAAGAGGUGCUAAAGUUCGAUGCGCUGUCUUCUAGCUGGUGGAGAGAUGACAAAGAUCCUCUAUACCUUAUGAAUAGUGUUCGGAUACCCCUCCUUAAGUCUCUAGCUCGUCAGAUCGACUUCCCUGACCCGCAGAUAUUGGAUGUAGGGUGCGGUGGAGGCUACUUAGCCGAGGAGUUGGCCAAACAGGGGUUUGAUGUAACUGCAAUAGAUCCUAGUGAGGAAAUGAUACGGAUUGCUUCUAAUCACGCAAACAAGUUUCCAGGCGAUCUAGAUCUGAGAUACCAGGCCGCCACCGUGGAGGAAGUGACGGAGCAGUUUGAUAUGGUGGUGUCGUCAGAAGUGGUGGAACAUGUGCCGUGUGUGGCUACCUUUGUAUCUCAAUGUGCUGGGCGCGUCCGGCCAGGCGGGGGUUUAAUGUUCACCACGAUAAACAGAACAGUAGCGAGUUGGUUGUUUGCAAUCAUGUUAGCAGAGAAUGUAGCAGGACUGGUCCCACCCGGUACUCAUGAGUACCACAAACUGGUCCCUCCUCACACCCUGACCGGCGCUAUUGCUGAUUGUGGUUUCGACGUGGUGAAAGUGGUCGGACUGAAUUUUAACCCUCUUACUCGUCAGUGGGGCACCAGUUCUGAUCUCUCUAUCAACUAUGCAGUGACUGCCAUUAAAAGAGACUUAGAGGAUAUCGAACAUAUCGAAGAUGAAUAUGAUAGUUGAUGAACAAUCGGGUUUCCCGUCUCAAUAUUUGUUCGUCUUAAGUCUUUGUAAUUAAA